AUGCCGGCCUAUGAUAUACGGGCCUGCAAGAAAGAAUCGACAGCCAUGGUACCAGAGGACGACCAAAACCUCACUGAUGACCCAUCCAAGCUCGGUCACAAUGUCGUUUCCCUCUUCGACCAAACUCAGACCCGAUACUCCCCAAAGGCUGCCAUAGUAUGCGGGGAGCAUACCCUCACAUACGGUGCUCUUGCAUCUGAUUCGGAUCGCCUGGCCUGCCUCCUCCUGUCGCGAGGCAUCAGCCGUGGCCAUGUGGUGGCUCUUGCACUGGACCGCACACCAGACCUGAUCAUGUUCAUUCUCGGCGUCUUGAAAGCGGGUGCGACAUAUGUACCCGUUGAUCCUGCUUUACCCCCCGAGCGUGUCAACCAGAUGCUGGAUGAUGAAGCGCUGCGUCUGGUGAUAGUUAGUCCUGUUAGUACCAAAGGGGGGGCGGGCACCGGUCGAUAUGAUUAUGGCAAUAAGGCAGUCUGCUGCACCACGAGCGAGCUCCAAGAUCAGAUGAGAUAUCAAGCGGACAAGAGGCCAGCUGUGGAUAUUCAGCCAGAUGACAUUGCCUAUAUUCUGUACACAUCUGGAUCCACAGGCAAGCCUAAGGGCGUGGAAAUUCAUCACGCCGCUAUAUGCAACUAUGCCCUGUCGGUACACCAAAGACCUGGCUGUACUGACCAGGACCGCGUGCUGUUCAAAAGCACCAUCUCGUUCGAUAUGGCCGCGUUUGAGAUAUACGUGCCAUUGCUGUGCGGCGCUACAGUCGUGCAGGCACAGGCACAUGAUAUCAGGGAUCCCCGCGCGCUGAUGCAUCUCAUUGAUCGGCACAGCGUCACCUUCUCCGUGGCGACGCCGACCAUUCUACAGAUGAUGCUGGACAGCGGUUGGUGCGGCACGCCAGGCUUCUCUAAGCUGGUUACCGGUGGCGAGGCACUGUCACCUCGCCUGGCAGAGCGCCUAACCGCGUGUGUUGAAGAAGUAUGGAACCUUUACGGCCCGACUGAGACAACAGCCAGCGUGGCUGCUUGGAAAGUUCAAGUCGGUGAGGACAUAUUGAUUGGAACGCCUAACCCGAACACACGGCUAUAUGUCCUCGACGCCGACUUGCAGCCCGUGCCGGUUGGCAGCACCGGCGAACUAUAUAUUAGCGGAGCAGGCGUUGCUCGUGGAUAUCGGAACAAUCCAGAGCGCACCAAGGCUGCGUUUCUUCCGGAUCCUUUCUGGGAAGGCCAUACUAUGUACAAGUCAGGAGACUUGGCAUGCUUCUUGGAUUCCAGGAGACUGGCCGUCAUCGGUCGGGCAGACACGCAAAUCAAGAUUCGCGGGCAAAGAAUUGAUCCUGGCGAUGUUGAGGCAUCCAUCACAGCUCACGCGGAUAUUGCCAAUGCCGUUGUGGUCAACCGAGACGAGCGGCUCGUCGCAUACUGUAUACGAAAGCCGGGCGUUGGCAGCGCCGAGGUUCCUCUAGCCAAGUUGCUACGCCCCUGGCUAGAAGACCGCCUUCCCGGGUACAUGGUCCCCUCGUUCUUCGUCGAAGUCGAUCGAUUUCCUUCUACGCUCAACGGCAAAGUGGAUCUCCGGGCACUGCCCGAUCCCAUCUCGACCAUCACACCGGCGAAAAUACCAGCUUCUACACUGACACAACAGCUGCUGGCUAUAUGGACCGAUGUGCUAGGCCACGGUCAGAUUGGCAUGCAGGACAGCUUCUUCCACAUUGGCGGCAACUCGGCGAGCAUCAUUCAGAUCCAGACCAAACUGGAGAAGCUUCUGGGUCGGCCAGUGCCGGUGCCAAAACUGUAUGAGCACUUCACCAUUGCCAACCUUGCUGCAUAUCUCUCUGAUCAAACCCAGACCAAUGAGGUUACCGAAGAGACGAAAAACCCUGCUGGGAACGAUACCACCGGUGAAGAUAUUGCUGUCAUUUCCAUGGCGUGCAGACUGCCCGGCGAUAUUCACACGCCAGAAGAACUUUGGAAGGCUCUCAUCAGCGGCACCGAUGCCGUCACCAGGGUUCCUGAGGAGCGCUGGGAUGCUGAUGCCAUUUACGACCCGGACCCGGAGGCCCGCGGCAAGUCCUACAGCACGGGUGGCGGCUUCGUCAGGGACGCCAUGGAUUUCGAUGCGCAAUUCUUUGGAAUCUCCCCUCGCGAGGCCCGGGCUAUCGACCCCGCGCAGACCAUGAUCCUGGAAACAUGCUGGGAGGGCUUCGAACGGGCAGGCUAUGGCACCAAGUCCCUGCGGGGCAGCCAGACUGGUGUCUUCAUCGGGACCGGUAACAGUUCUGUGGAUGACGGCCAGCUAAGCGCCGCCGGCACAGAGAAGUUUGAAGGACACCUUGGACUUGGCACGGCGCCAAGCUCGCUCUCUGGUCGCGUAGCAUAUGCUCUGGGGCUUGAGGGUCCUACGAUGACUUUGGAUGCUGGGUGCGCUGCCUCGCUGGUCGCCACGCAUGUAGCAUGCUCAGCACUUCGCCAAGGCGAGUGUGACAUGGCUGUAGCUGGCGGCGUCACAUUCUUGCCUUCUCCUGGUUUGCAUAUUGAGUUUAGCCGCAUUCGCGUUGCAUCACCAGAUGGUCGCUCGCGACCGUUUUCAGCGGACGCAGCUGGGAUGGGACUGGGUGAAGGUGCCUCGGCUGUGGUUCUGAAGCGUCUGUCGGAUGCGCAGCGCGACAACGAUCAUAUCCAUGCUAUAAUUCGUGGUUCAGCGGUCAAUCACGGCGGUCGCGGCGCUAGCAUGACAGCACCGAGUGGACCAGGCCAGAAGCGUGUUGUCCGCGCAGCGCUGGCGGCUGCGCGCCUAAAGCCAUAUGAUAUUGACUAUGUCGAGGCGCAUGGGACUGGCACCAGACUAGGAGAUCCCGUCGAGGCCUCAGCUUUGGCGGAAGUAUUUAGCAGCAGCCGCGAUGAUAUUACUGGGCCGCUGAGGAUUGGUUCGUCAAAGUCCAAUAUCGCACAUACGCAGGCGGCGGCCGGCCUCGCCGGCCUUAUCAAAGUGGCUCUGGCAAUGCAACACACCAUGCUGCCACAGACACUGCAUAGUAGUCAGCCCAGCCCUCUGAUCGACUGGGUGGGUGGCAAGUUGCAGCUUCUCCAACGGCCAAUGGCAUGGCUACCCAGAACAAACGAUCCGACUGCUCCGCGAAGAGCAGGAAUUAACUCGUUCGGAUUAUCGGGCACUAACGCCCAUGCUAUAAUUGAAGAGCCCCCGAGGGCUCACUCAAAUGCUAAUGGCGCCGAUGAUGAUGAUAAUGAUGAUAAUGCGAGGUUGCCUUUGCCGCUGCCAUUCCUCCUGUCCGCCUAUACAAGUGAAGCACUGCGUCAGCAAGCACAGAAAUUAUGCAAUCACCUCUCCAGUGCCACUGCACAAACCAAGCUGUCUGAUGUAUCCUACUCGCUGGCGACUACUCGUACGCAUUUCCCACGACGUAUCAUUCUUGCAGCACAAGACAAGACUGAACUUAUGGGCAGGCUAGCAAGCAUUAUCGACAACGGAGUACCGGCAACUGCUGACAACAACAAAACAGCUCGCGUGGCGAUGUUGUUCUCUGGGCAGGGCACUGAACGGGCCAGAAUGGGCAAGGGUCUUGCUGAACGCCACCUUGUAUUCCGCAACACUGUCAGUCACAUUGCAGAACUCUUCGAGUCGGUCCUGGAAAAACCACUGCUGGAUGUCAUGUGGGCAGAGCCUGAGAGCGAGGCCGCUUCUCUACUGCGGCGUACGGAUUAUGCCCAACCAGCUAUCUUUACACUCCAGGUAGCACUAUGGAGACUGUGGCAGAGCUGGGGUGUCCAGCCAGCAGUCGUGCUAGGCCAUAGCGUUGGCGAAAUUGCGGCCGCGCACGUCGCCGGAAUCAUGAAUCUAGCAGACGCUUGCCGCUUGGUCGCAGCACGAGGGAAACUGAUGCAUGCGCUGCCUGAAAGUGGUAGUAUGGUGGCGCUUGAAGCCGGCGUAGACGAGGUCACUUCAGCCAUCGAGCAGCUCAGUGCACGCGACAGGGUGUCGAUUGCCAGUAUCAACACCCCAACGCAAGUGGUUGCAUCUGGAGAAAUGGAUGUCAUUGACAAAUUAGCAGCUUAUUUCGAGGCUCAAAACCGGUCUUCUAAAAUCCUCAAAACCAGUCGCGCGUUCCAUUCGCACCAUCUGGAUGAAAGCAUGCUUGCAUUGUUACGCGCCGUCGCAGAAACCAUUGUGUUCCAGGAGCAAACGCUACCUAUCGUCAGCACAGUCACAGGAAAACUGGCAGAGCCUGGACAACUUAGCAGUGCGGAUUACUGGGUUCGACAAGCUCGCAAUCCUGUCCUGUUCGCUGAAGGCAUGCAGACCCUCGCUGACCAGGGCGCGAAUUGCUUUGUUGAAUUGGGUCCAGCAUCGACACUGUGUGGUAUGGGAGCUUCAUGUCUCGAUGGGGACCUUAGUCAGACGAGCAAAGUGGCCGGCCGCGAAGGCGCAAAGAACCUGGUCUGGCUGCACUCGUUAAACCCCAAGAGCGACGACGCUCUAGUGAUCCACAACAGUCUCUCCGACCUGCACAUACGAAAAGUGGAGAUCGACUGGGCAGCGUUCUUCAAAGACAUUGGCGGGCGCCGCAUCCAGCUACCUACGUACGCAUUUCAGCGACAUCGGUAUUGGCUGGACGGUUUGCGGCCAAUAUACAGCGAUAAAUCAUCUGGCCAACCUUCUGGCCAGUCUCCUUCGGGUUGCCCCCAACCCACUGGCCAAAUUCAAGUUGGAUGGCACACUAUUGACGCGAGUAGCCAGUAUUCCAAUUCAACUUGGGGUCUCCUCUGUCCAGCAAGUGAUGCGCCAUGGAUGUCACCGGUGAAGGAAGCAUUGUUGCACGCCGGAAAGCAACCUGUCACGGUCAAUCAGCUCGCGGAAGCCAAAGCGAUGAGCGGCGUGCUUUGUUUCUGGGAAUCAGACAGUGAAGACGACAUGAUCUCCAAGGCAUCUGAGCAAUUGCAGACCGUGUCACGAAUGAAGUUCUCUCCCUGGGUAGUCUGGGUGACGCGGGGUGCUGUGGGAGCCGGAAAUAUGGGCGAGGCAUCGCUAUGGGGUGUGAUGCGAAGCGCGCGCGUCAAAUAUCCUCAACUCUGUCUACGUAUCGUGGACUUGGAAGGUGACGUUAACAUCGCUACAGCCACCAAACUCUGCUCAAUCUUGAUGAUGAGUACCGAACCUGAAUGUGUUGUGCUUGGUGAACGAGUGCUCGUCCCGCGAAUGCAGUUUCAGAUGCAGGCGCAGGUCCAGGAGGUCCAGAAGCAUAGUAAGCUGUGCGUAAACGGUCAAGAGACGACCAACGGAGCAACCGCAGCUGCAGAUCCAAAUGGGACGGACAGCUUCGAGAACAAGAUCAGGAUGGCUGGGCCCGAGGAGAGGGCGAUGAUGCUUCAGGGACUAGUACGGGGGAUAACUGCCAAAGCACUUGGUGUGGCGACUGCUGAGGAAGUAGAUAUGCACCAGGGGUUCAUGGAUGUUGGAGUGGAUUCAUUAGGAGCAAUUCAAAUGCGCAAAGAGCUUUCGGCGCAGACAGGGGUCAAGUUGCCAGCUAACUUGACCAGAGUGUAUCCGGAUCCUAUCUCACUUUCCGAUGCUCUGCAGAAGCAGGUAGAAGGUCAGUAG